CUCUAUUUGUAAGCUUAGUCAAAAGAAAUGGAGAGAGCAUGCUAUUACUUUCCUGUAGGACUUUUAUUAGCCACUUCUCUGUUAGCCGUGGGCACAGGCGAUAUCAUAAAUGAUAAAUCUGCCCUUGUAGCUUUCAAAAAUCACAUAGUUUCUGAUCCUCACUUAAUCGUGGCAAAAAAUUGGUCCAUUUCUUCCUCUGUCUGCGAUUGGAUCGGAGUUACAUGUGAUUCUAGUCGUCAAAGAGUGAUGGCCUUAAAUAUUUCUAACAUGGGUUUUGCAGGCACGAUUCCUCCACAACUGGGAAACCUCUCAUUCCUUGUUUCUCUCGACAUGAGCAACAACAAUUUUCAUGGUCAUUUGCCAGAAGGAAUGUCUCAUUUGCGUCGACUAAGUUUCAUGGCUUUAAGCAACAACAAUCUCACGGGAGAAAUUCCAUCAUGGUUGGGUGUCUUGGAUAGCCUUCAAUACCUAUUCUUGACAGAGAAUAAUUUUUUUGGUGAUCUUCCUGCUAACAUAUGCGACAAUGUUCCAAAUCUAAAAGAGCUCGAUCUGUCUUGGAAUCAAUUGAGUGGCCAAAUACUAUCAGGUUUAUCAAACUGCUCCGGACUCAAGUCGUUAGAUUUGUCAGUCAACCAGUUCAAUGGUUACAUACCAAAAGCGGUGGGGAACCUGAAAAUGCUUGAGAAGCUAAAUCUCGAUUAUAACAAUUUAGAAGGUAGCAUUCCGGAAGAGAUAGGCAAUCUCCAGAGCUUGAGGGCCUUGUCCAUAGAAAGCAGCAAUUUGAGUGGAUCAAUACCCAGGGAAAUUGGAAACCUAAGUAUGCUUGAAGAAGUACAUUUUUCUUACAACAGACUGACAGGUCCGAUUCCAAACGAGAUUGGCAACUUGCUCAAAUUGGAGAUCCUUGACUUGGAAUGGAAUAGCUUAAGUGGUUUACUACUAGUUGGGAUCUUCAACAUCGGAGCCGUACCUGCCUCUAUCUCAAACUGUUCGAAACUAACUCGCAUAAAUCUUGGUGAUAACAAAUUCAGCGGUCCAAUUCCCAAUUCCAUUGGAAAUUUGAGACGCCUCGAAAUUCUAGAUCUGUAUGCAAACAAUUUGACGAGUGAAUCUUCAUCUCCAGAAUUGGGCCUCUUCACUUCCCUCACAGGUUGCAUCUCUUUAUGGCGUAUCGAUGUGGCAGACAAUCCGUUAAAUGGGGUUCUUCCGAGAUCCAUCGGGAAUCUUUCUAUUUCUGUUGAAGAUUUGGAAGUAUGGAACUGUGGACUCAGGGGGAACAUUCCAGACAGCAUUGGAAACUUGAGCAAUUUAGUUGUUUUAAUUCUAAGUGACAAUAGCUUGACUGGAUCAGUUCCCAAUACAAUAUGGGGUUUGCAAAAGCUUUGGAUUUUACGUCUAGAUGACAAUAGUUGGACUGGAUCAGUUCCGAAUACGAUAUGGGGUUUGCAAAAGCUUGGGGAAUUGGAUCUUAGCAAUAUUUCCCUCAUUGGUCCGCUCCCUCGUGGUCUCUGUGGUUUGCAGAGUUUGGAGUAUUUAUACCUAAGUCAAAAUCAGAUUAGCGGUUCAAUUCCAGAAUGUUUCAAUAACCUUACAUCUUUGAGGCAUCUUGACAUAACUUUCAAUAGAUUAACCUCUACUCUGCCAAUGAGCUUGUGGGAUCUUAAAGGUCUCGAGCGGGUCAACUUGUCGUCGAAUUUAUUGACAGGACCCUUGGCUCCAGAGAUGGGAGAAUUAAAGAAUUUGACAAGGUUAGACUUGUCAAACAACCAGUUUUCAGGCAAAAUCCCCAGCACCAUUUGGAGCUUAGAGAGUUUGGACCACCUUUCUUUAGCAAACAACAGCUUGCAAGGAUCAAUUCCGGACAACCUUUGA